AUGUAUACAGGUGGGAAUAUCAAAUUACGAGGUCAGGAGGCAGCAUUCAGCUCAGUUCCGGUGCGAAUGAAUUCUGGGGCAUCUGGGCAUCGGGUGAGAGGACUGCCGCAUUCUGUAAGAUCUGGGAUUGGUCUUUAUAAAAGUGCCUGCUCUACAUCCAAUAAAGUUGCGAAAAAGAGGAAAUCGUGGAUCGAUGAGUUUGACCAUUUUGCUCGGUUGCGCAGUAUUUCAUGGGAUCAUAGUUCAGAGGCCAAUUCGAGCCUGAAGAAGAUGAUUGAAGAGUAUUUGAAGAAAAUUCAAGCGCAGUAUGGAGAGCUUAACGCGAUCAGCACAGUUGAAUUGAAUGAAAAGUUGGAUAUUGUGAAGGAAAAGUGGGUUGAGGAACAUGGAUCACUGCCGGAACCAUCAAAGACAAAAGGUAAGAAAGAAAAGGUUCAAAAGAAUGAGACGUACAAGAAAACCGAAAUGGUAACACCAGAGGAGGAUGCCAAGAAAAAAGUGCAAAAAGAAUACGAGGCCAAGUUGCGUCAAAUCAAAGAUGAUCAUCGUCCAAUGGUUUACGCCAAUCCAGGUACAACAAACUUCGACUAUCUUUGCAACAGUAUCCGAUUAAUGACAGCGAGAAAAACCAUUUGUUUCUCACUGGAUGUGGAGGCCUACGAGUUCGAUAAUGACGUUGUCACUGAGAUAGGUAUAGCCAUCUAUGAUCCAAGAGAAAAUGUUCACUCCCUGGUACCGAUGACCAGGAACUACCAUCUUAUAAUAUCAGAAGCUCUCCCGUUAAGGAACAAGAAGUACGUUUGCGAUUUUAAGGACUGUUUCUUACUCGGAGAAAGUCUAGUAAUGAGUCUACAUGAGUGUGUGGAGUUCGUGCAGUCACUCGUCGAUUUCUACAUGAGAUCUCAAACUCCCGAAGACAAGUCGUGGUCCAGAGCAUUCGUUGGACACAAUGUUCUUGGGGAUUUGCGCUGGAUGAAGAAUCUAGGCGUCAAAAUCCCCGAAGAAGAGAUCAUGGAUCACUCGUUGCACAAAGUGAAUCUUGAGACUGAAUCCAAUAAAACUGAACCCAUAUUCAUCCUAGACACGGAAAAACUUUAUAGAUUCUGUUACGGUAACAAAGGCGGAAACUUGGGGAGAUUAUUACGACUCUUCAAGAUACCGCAUGCUUUUUUACACAACGCUGGUAACGAUUCCCACUACACUUUGAAACUAUUGAUGCAUAUGUGCGAUGUGAACUUCAGAAAGCAAGCUGGUAUGGAUAACUUACUCGAAAUGUCCAACAAGAUUAGGCAAUGGAUAGAUCGCGAAAAGCAAGAGCCGAAGGUCUUGCCAAUGUCAUAUGCUCUAUCUGUUGUCGAUGCUACGAAGAAACGUCCAGCAACCACAACAAGACAGGAUACGAAGACUCCCAGAAAGAGACAAGCUAAGGAUCUGGUUCCCCAAACCGAAUUCGGAGGAUCUCAAUAUUUCGUCAACGCUCGGGAUGCCUUUCAAAGUACUUUAGAGAUGUAG